AUGAGUUUUAUAAACUCUGUGUUGAAUUCGGUGGUGCCUCCUGCUAGCUUGGUGAUGCUAGGAUGUUCAUGGCCAGCCUUAUGCUUUAUCAAUACAUGUGAGUGGCUCUACAAAUCUUUCUUUAGUGAGGAUAUGGAGGAUAAAGUUGUUAUAAUCACUGGAGCUUCUUCUGGCAUAGGAGAACAAAUUGCAUAUGAAUAUGCAAAGAGGAAAGCAAUUCUUGUUCUGAUUGCACGUAGAGAGCACCGGCUCAGAGGGGUCAGUGAGAAAGCUAGGUAUAUUGGUGCAAAGCGUGUCCUGAUUAUGGCUGCAGAUGUUGUCAAGGAGGAUGAUUGUAGGAGAUUUGUCAAUGAGACCAUAAAUUACUUUGGUCGGGUGGAUCAUCUUGUCAAUACAGCAAGUUUGGGGCAUACAUUUUACUUUGAAGAAGUAGGAGACACCUCUGUGUUUCCCCAUUUCUUGGACAUAAACUUUUGGGGAAAUGUCUAUCCAACUUAUGUGGCUCUUCCAUACCUUCGUCAGAGCAAUGGACGAGUUGUUGUUAAUGCAGCAGUUGAAAGCUGGUUACCUCUGCCGAGAAUGAGCUUAUAUGCUGCUGCAAAGGCUGCCCUGGUGAGCUUCUACGAGUCACUGAGAUUUGAAGUGAAUGGUGAAGUUGGAAUAACAAUUGCAUCUCAUGGUUGGAUUGGGAGCGAAAUGAGUAGAGGCAAGUUCAUGCUAGAGGAUGGAGCAGAGAUGCAAUGGAAAGAAGAGAGAGAAGUAAACGGGACUGGUGGUCCAGUAGAGGACUAUGCAAAGAUGAUUGUGUCGGGAGCUUGCCGAGGACAUCAAUAUGUCAAGUACCCAUGCUGGUAUGACAUAUUCCUCCUUUACAGGAUGUUUGCACCUGGAAUUCUCAACUGGGCUCUUCGAAUGUUGCUUGCACCGAAUGGUUCAAGAAGAACGUCUCUGGUAGGCACCGGGAGACCUACAUUAAUUUGA